CGCGUAGCGUAGCGUAUUUUCAAUUAAGUUUUUAACCGCAGGUUUAAGCUCGAGGUUUUGCAAUUAUUUAUUUUAAACAGAACUAUUUCACGUUAAUAUGUUUUGCUAGACCAUUGCACUUUUGCACUGAUGCGUUCGUUUGUACAGGCGCUUCGCUGUCACGUUUUGUUAUUGUCGUUUUCUAAAGCCUCGGUGUCUCUCUUUCAUGUUGUAUUUAUGUAAUGUAUAUAUUUGUUUCUGUAGUCGCUAUUUGUUUUUUUGUUAAUCCGGUUUUCUUUGCACCGAUCAUGUGUUGAACAUGCUUCCUUCUGUGUAGCUACAUGGCACGUUUAACAUUAUACGUUUUUAUGGCGCCUGUUUCCUUGAACAAUGGACGCAGGUUGAUUCUCACAUGUAUAGCAAGAAGGUUUAUCAACUAACUAUAUAUUGUUAGACCUUACAAAGCCAACGCCUUUUUUAAAUCUUAAGAUGUUGCUUGGUUUCAGUUUUAUUAGGCAUUAAUUUUGUUUGUUUGUUUUUUAAACCGGUUUCUUUGUAGUUUGUCCUAAUUGCUUACCCUUCCAAUUAGCGUCUGGUCGAUUGCUUGUCUGGCCUUGCAAACGAUUGCUUUGCUGGAUGCGUUUAGUAAUUCAGAGACCUUUCGGUUUAUGUGCGUGACGGACAGAAAAAUGAGCGAUUCCGGCGCAAAGGGCAACCAAGCUCUGUCUUCGAAAGAUAAAGACGGGGCAGAGAAACGGGGGAGAGGGAGACCGAGGAAACAGCCUGAAGUAAAAGCUGUUGAAGAACCCAGCGGAGCGCCGACACCCAAGCGACCUCGCGGCCGGCCGAAGGGCAGCAAAAACAAGAGUACCUCCAAGAGCAGAAAAAUGGCAGCCGCUGCAAGGGGAAAGCCCAGAGGAAGACCUAAAAAAGCAGAGAAAGAGGAAGAGGAGGAACAGGGAUCCCACGAAUCUUCAGAGGAGGAUGAAGAGGAGCAGUAAGGCCGUCUUGACCACACUACCUCAUUACUCAACGUACUGACUUCCUGUCAGAGCUGGACUGAAACUCGAAAUCCAAACCUUGCGUCUCCCCGCCGUCCCUCUGUCGGAGCGCUCCUGUUGGCAUGGGAGCCGGACGCAUUUCACCCACCCGCUCGCUACCUGCUGCAGCACUGGAAAAAGACAUUGAUAUAAUAUAUACACUACAAACCGGGGUAUCUCGUUUUCAGAAGGGUUUUAGGUAUUGCUAACAGUGGUAUUUUAUACU